AUGCUCCGUUCGUUUGUUUCGUAUACGUGCUGUAGUCUUGAAAAUGAAACCGCCAGUUUAUUAGCUUAUCUCGAGCCUACAAAAGCGGAAGUGACUAUGCGCAAAUACUUGAUCCACAAGAUUCGUCUUGUCAUCGACAAUUUGUAUACUGAUACUAAAGUUGAAGUAUUUGGAAGCUUUAAUACAAAUCUUUAUUUGCCAAACAGUGAUCUGGAUCUUGUAGUGCAAGGAAAUGCUCGUCUUCGAUAUCUUGCCCGUGAAUUGGAGCGUGCAGGCAUUUGCUCAAAUCCACAAGUGAUCGAAAAGGCCUCGGUACCUGUCAUUAAAUUUGAAGAUUCGCUUACUGGAUUAAAAGUUGACAUCACACUCGAUUCUGAUUCCGGUAUCAACAGUGCUAACUGUAUCCAUGCCAUGAUCCGACAACAACGCGGCUUGCGUCCCCUCACGUUACUUGUCAAACUUUUUCUCGCAUUGCGGAGACAUAACGAGGUGUUUACAGGCGGACUGGGUGGAUACGCAAUUGUCUGCAUGGUCAUGAGCUUUUUACAGAUGCAUCCGAAAAUUGCUGCAGGUGAAAUUGAUCCACUGGCAAACAUGGGCACUCUAUUACUCGACUUUUUACAACUCUAUGGUGUUGCUUUUCAGAUGGAGGAUCUGGGUAUCUCGGUUGUAAACAAAGGAUCUUACUUUGCAAAGACAAGGAACGUCAGGAGCAGGAAUGGAAAACCGGUAUACACAAUUCAAGAUCCAAUGGACAGUGAUAAUGAUAUCGGUGCAAAAUCAUACAAUGCAGUUUUUAUCAUCAGAGCGUUUAAAUCUGCUUACAUGUUGUUGACACACAGAGCAUUUGAGUUGGAAAAAAUGUUUAGUCAAAACAUGUUAAACCCAAAUCAGCGGAAUGAUCUCCAGCGGUCAAUCCUGUGCAAGGUAUUUUACAUACCCAAGGACAUGGCUUUGCUACGAGAGAACAUGACUGAAGUCUACUUGAAUCGUCUCUGGGAAGAGGAAGACGCCGCGAGUUCAUUUGAUUGGAAUGCUGUAUAAAAAAAGAAGAGCAAAAGAGACAUUAUUGAAAGGGUGAAUAUCUCAUCUUAUCUCUCUCCACUUUUUUUACGAGCACUUCCUGUUCUCUCGUCUUCCUCCUUUUCCUCCCUAACCCUUGAAUGUAUGCUUGUAUAUAUCCCGUCUUUUUCUCUAUCAUUUGUUUUCACACAACACAGCACAGCGCAGCAUAGCAAUACAAAUAUUAGCUCUAGUUUUUUAAAUACCAUGGUUAUUUGCCUUUACAUGAUGAUGUCAGAAUUGAAUUCGAUAUUUCGCUUGUCAUACCGAGCUUAAUCAUUAAGAUUUGAGGCGUAUGUAGCACAGAAUUUCACGUGAAAUUAUGAAGAGAGAAGAUGACAUUAAUCGCAGACACGAAUUAUA